GGGGGCGUGCCCGCGAUGCGCGCUGCGCACGGCUGCUUGUUGUUCCCGCAGAGAGGCGAGAAGAUGGCGGCCGUGUCAAGCGGAGGUGCUGCUGGGUCCGCAGCGGCCGGGAUUACGCACUCUGCCCGACCGACCCACGCAGGCAUGGGCUCCCAGAACCGAGCCCAGCCAUCCUCCGGGAUCAGCCACUCCGGUCGUACCAACACAGCCACUGGGUGCAUCACAAAUCCUGGCCACACUUCGGUCCCCAGGCCACCCCCAGCCCGAGUGGGCCACUACGAAAUCGAGCGGACCAUCGGGAAGGGAAAUUUCGCGGUUGUUAAACUGGCCACACACAUCAUUACUAAAGCAAAGGUGGCUAUAAAAAUAGUGGAUAAGACCCAGCUGGACGAGGAGAACCUGAAAAAGAUCUUCAGAGAGGUGCAAAUCAUGAAGUUGCUGAAGCACCCCCACAUCAUCCGCCUCUACCAGGUGAUGGAGACGGAGAGGAUGAUCUAUUUGGUAACAGAGUACGCUAGCGGUGGAGAGAUAUUCGACCACCUGGUGGCUCAUGGGCGUAUGGCAGAAAAAGAUGCCAGGAAGAAGUUCAAGCAGAUUGUGGCAGCGGUUCAUUUCUGUCACUGCCGCAGCAUUGUCCACAGAGACCUGAAGGCAGAGAAUCUGCUACUGGACCACAACCUCAACAUCAAAAUCGCAGAUUUUGGUUUCAGCAACAUGUUUUCUCGAGGCCAGCUAUUGAAGACAUGGUGUGGCAGCCCCCCCUAUGCUGCUCCUGAACUAUUUGAGGGAAAGGAGUAUGACGGACCCAAAGUAGAUAUAUGGAGCUUAGGUGUGGUGUUAUACGUGCUGGUGUGCGGCGCCCUGCCCUUUGAUGGCAGCACUCUACAAAAUUUGCGGGCACGUGUCCUCAGUGGAAAGUUCCGCAUCCCUUUCUUCAUGUCCACAGACUGUGAGUACUUAAUUAGACACAUGUUAGUACUGGAGCCCAGCAGACGGUUGACCAUGGAGCAGAUCUGUAAGAACAAGUGGAUGAGACAGGGGGACCCAGACCCAGAGUUUGACCGGUUGAUAGCGGAGUGUGAGCAGGUGAAGACGGAGAGAGAGAUGGAGCUCAUCAACGAGCAGGUGCUCAUGGCCAUGUGUGAGAUGGGCCUGGACCGAGAGCGCACACUCCAGUCUCUACAAACAGAUGCAUACGAUCACUACAGUGCCAUCUACAGUCUGCUGGCUGACCGCCUCAAGAAACACAAGACCCUGCGUGUUGCUCAACCUACACUGCGCCCCAUUAGCUAUCCUCUGAAUGCUGUACAGCAGACAGACCCACAAGGUAAUCCUGUUAGCAUGACCGUUCCCCAUGUCCAACUCAUCAAUCCAGAGAACCAGAUUGUUGAGCCUGACGGCAGCAUGGCUCUGGACAGCGAUGAAGGGGAGGAGCCAUCUCCUGAGGCCAUGGCUCGCUACCUUUCAAUGAGGCGGCAUACUGUGGGGGUACCAGACCAAAGGACAGAGAUGCAGGAAGAUCUCCAGAAGCUGCCUCCUGGUUUCCCUCGUGGUGCGCUGCCCCAGCCCCCUUUCAUCCCUCUUGCCCCUACUAUGGGUCAAAUGCACACUCUCAUGCCCACACAGAGCCUGCAGCCCACACAGCAGCUGGAAUACAAGGAGCAAUCAUUGUUGCAGCCGCCUACCCUCCAACUGCUCAAUGGCAUGGGGCCUCUGGGUCGAAGAGCUUCCGACGGCGGGGCCAACAUUCAGCUACAUGCUCAGCUCUUGAAAAGGCCCCGAGGGCCCUCGCCACUUGUCACCAGCCCGCAUCCUAUCCCUGCAGUAGCUCCGGUGGAUGAGGAGGGUUCAGACGGAGAGCCAGAUCAAGAGGCAGUACAGAGGUACCUGGCGAACCGCUCCAAGCGGCACACGACGCACACGCUCACGAGCACAUCGCAUGGCGAGCCCUCGGCAGAGUCACAGCGGCCCCAAGGCCCCCGUCAGCGGGUGGGCUGGGUCCCCGACACACACACCCGAUCCAGCUAUAAGGACUGUAACACCCUUCAUCUGCCCAUGGAGCGCUUCUCUCCUGUCAGACGGUUCUCUGACGGGGCUGCCACCAUUCAGGCCUUCAAGGCUCACCUAGAGAACAGCAGCCUCAUUAAGCAACUCAAGCAGGAGUGUGAGCAGCUCCAGAAAAUGUACGCUGUCCAGCAGGAUGAGAAACUCCUGGAGCACACCCAGCAGCAGCAUAUCCUGUACCAGCAAGAGCAACAAAUCCUCCACCAGCAAAUCCAGGGUCUGUCUUUAGGCCAUGGAGAAAGCCAGCCCAGUCACCUAACCCACCAGCUUCAGAGGUUGCGUAUCCAGCCCUCUAGCCCUCCGCCAACACAGCCCAGCAACCACCUCUUCAGACAGCCCAAUCAGAGUUCUCCGCCUGGCUCUGUAGGACUAAUGCAAGGGCACGGUCAAUCAUCAGUGCAGUACCAACAUGGCGCUCCAGCCAUGUACCAGGGCCAGAGUGGCAGCCCGCCUCCCACGGGCCUUCCUCGAGUGUCUCUGCCAACCAAUCCACAAGCAGCAUCUGCCCGCCCCACUGUCCCAUUGGCACAGGGUGUACCUCAACAACAGCAGGUGACCAUUCAGGUGCAGGAGGUGGAGCUGGGAGGUGGGGCACAGAGGCAGAGCAACUUUCUGUCCACGCCAGGCGGACACAGAGUCCUCGGGAAGCAGCUUAGCGCAGACAACGCCGAGUCGCACAGCCGCAGCCUUGGCCGCUUCACAUCGGGCUACGACCAGGCCCAGUUCAAUCCCCACCUCUACUCUGGCGACGCUGCCUCCCGAGGCGCCUCAGGCGUGGUGGGGUCCUACAGCCCCUACCUGCAGGGAGCCUCCCUUAAAGUUCCCGGCCUGGAGGGUUACCAGACCGGGGCGGUGGGGACCAACAACUACGGAGCCCCUUCCACACUACAGCAGGCCCUCCUCUCCCCAACUCCUUUGGACUACCCCCCUCAGCAGCACGUCACUCCCACCCUGCAGGGCCUUCUGUCUCCCCGCCACUCUUUAACAGGCCACGCCGAUCCCAGACUGCCCCCACAGGACCUGGCUGCCCUGCUGAAAAGGCAGAGCCCCCGGCCAUGUCCAGCACCCCCGACACCACCCAGCGGUGCGCCACAAGAGUAUGGAGAUAUGCUGCUUCUCCGCCAGCUAGGCCCAGGAGAAAGCUUGGAACCACAGGUGCCUCAGGGUGCCUCUGGAGGGCAACACUACCACCACCUCCUUCAGAUCAGACCCCCGGAGGUCCAGCAGCAGCAGGCACCGUGUCCCAGCUUACCUCACUCAGAGAGCAUGGAGGAGGACGAGGUACCGGCUAGCUACCAUCACCCACACGAAGGCCUUCUUGCCAAGACAGGAGAAGGACAUGAGCUCCUGGGGCCUCCCCGAGGAGGCACCCCACCCUACACCUCCCCUACACACAGGCAUGGUGGCUACAUAAGAACUGGCACAGGUAACAGAGAGUCUGAGCAUGUGGAGUGCAGGCCUCAAGGACAGGCCAUGGAAGUGCCUGAUCAUAAUGGUGUGGGCUAUUCGCGAGGCCCCCAGGGGGAGGUUUACAGAUCCAGAGGACAGCUGCAGCGCCACCACACCAUCCAGACUUGUGAUGAUGCUUAUGAUCAGGCAGACCCCAUGUCUGGGAUGAGCUUGCUGGCUGGGAAGGCGCUAAGCUCCGCUCGCAUGUCGGACAUUCUCAGCCAGACAUCGCUGACAGGAAGCCAGCAGCUACACCAGCGGGAAGAAUCGGUGUGCGACGUUGAAGGGGAGCUCCAUGCGGCAGCCUGCUAUCCCUCCUCCUGCACCAGUGACAUGCUCCUUAGCUACAAGCCCCCUGACCUGCAGUACAGCAUGGAGCAGGCUGGGGUCUAGCACAGG